AUGACCCACAGAGAUCAAAUACCCCCUUUCCCUGCUGCCUGUGGAGAUGCGCAGAGGCGGAGGCUUGGGUGCGCUCAAGAUUCGGCUCUACCCAUAACCCACCGCCAUGCCGAGGAAGGUAUUGUUGCUGCAGGUACAAUGGACGUUAACACAGCUUUACAAGAGGUGCUGAAAACUGUCCUCAUCCAUGAUGGCCUCGCGCACAAAAUUCACAAAGCUGCCAAAGCCUUAGGCAAGCGCCAUGCCCACCUUUGUGUGCUCGCUUCCAACUAUGAUGAGCCUAUAUAUGUCAAGUCGGUGAAGGCCCUUUGUGCAGAACACCAAAUCAACCUCAUCAAGGUUGAUGACCAGAAACUAGGGGAAUGGGUAGGCCUCUGCAAAAUCCACGGAGAGGGAAAACCCCAUAAAGUGGUUGGUCGCCAUUGUGUGGUGGUUAAGGACUAUGGCAAAGAAUCUCAGGCAAAGGUUGUCAUCCAGGAGUACUUCAAAUGCGAGAAAUGA